AUGCAUCUUGCAUUGGAUGUUCCUUUGCGCCGCCCUAUAAAUAUAUACCUUCACCGUCAACAAGUUCUCACUGCAAGCAAAUGUUUUCGACCGGAGAUUGUUGAACCUUUACAGGGACUUAAGAAGAAAAAAAACGUAUCAAAAGGAGAUGUUCCACAUUGCUUGACGGCGCCAUUAGAAAAAGUUGUACUGAAACAACGCCCUCCCUUGCUUUGUCGCGGAGCAACGCAGAGCUUUUAUGACCACCAAACAGAGAUGCUUGUUUGA